AUGGAUUUGGGAGCCCCUGGCCUGCUGGACGUGUGGCUGGAGCCUCCAGAAGAUGCCUUCUCUCCAGGAGCUUUCCUGGAGCUGGGGAUCCACGGGCCCCCUCCCGAGCCCCCAGCAAAUAGGCUGCAAGAACAGGGGCUGCAAGGCUGGGGCUCUGGCGGGAGCCUUGGCUGUGGCCUUCGAGAGAGUGAGCCCGAUGAGCUCCUGAAGCUUUUCAUCGACCCCAAUGAGGUGUACUGCUCUGAAGCCUCUCCUGGCAGUGACAGCGGCGUCUCGGAGGACCCUGGCUGUCCCGACAGCCCCCCUGCCACCCUGGCCCUGGGCUCCCCUGCCCUCUAUGAGGUUGUCUACGAGGCAGGGGCCCUGGAACGGACGCAGGGGGAAGUGGGGCCGGCAGCAGGGGUCCUCUCCAUCCAGCUAGUGCCCUCUGUGCCCUUGGAUGGAUGGAACCCAGCAUUCCCGGUCGACACCUCCACGGCCCAGCAGCUGUCUCUGGACACUCGCACUCACAUCCUACCCAGAUCAAGCACCUUAGUCCCUGUGCCUCCUGCUGUCCUACUGCCCCAUCAAAUGCUGUUCCUGACUGAGGAGGAGAAGCGGCUGUUGGGACAGGAAGGAGUUUCUCUGCCCUCUCACCUGCCCCUCACAAAGGCAGAGGAAAGGGUCCUCAAGAAGGUGAGGAGGAAAAUCCGCAAUAAGCAGUCAGCUCAGGACAGCCGGCGGCGGAAGAAAGAGUACAUCGACGGGCUGGAGAGCAGGGUGGCUGCCUGUUCUGCCCAGAACCAGGAACUACAGAGAAAAGUACAGGAGUUGGAGCGACACAAUGUCUCCCUGCUGACCCAGCUCCGCCAGCUGCAGCUGCUCAUUGCUCAGACCUCCAGCAAGGCGGCCCAGACCAGCACUUGUGUUCUGAUCCUUCUUUUUUCCCUGGCCCUCAUCAUCCUGCCCAGUUUCAGCCCUUUCCAGGCUCUCCCAGAAGCUGGCCCUGAGGGUUACCAACCUCGUGGAGUCAUUUCCAGAACUAUCCUGACUCACAAGGACGCAGCAGAAAGUGUGGAUACCCCAGCACUGGAGUCCAGACUGGCGGGGCUGGCGAAACCAAAGGGUGCAAAUGGUUCCACAAGGACGGAACCGGAUGUGGUGCAGAGGGGCGGGCAAGCAGGGGCCAGGGGGCGUGGCAGGGCAGCACAGCAUGCGGAUGAGAUGUGA